UUCUCUUUCUCUCCCAACCCGUGUCAGGUCCUUCUUCCUGGAUACUCAUAACACGGCCCCAUUUCUCACUCCCAUUGGGUGUCGCGUUUCUAGAGAAGACAAUCAGUGUCGCCGCAGUUCCCGGUUCUAAAGUCCCACGCACCGCCCGGGACUCAGAUUCUUCCCAGACGCGGAGGUUGGGGUCAUGGCGCCCCGAACCCUCCUCCUGCUGCUCUCAGGGGCCCUGGCCGUGACCGAGACCUGGGCGGGCUCCCACUCCUUGAGGUAUUUCAGCACCGCUGUGUCGCGUCCCGGCCGCGGGGAGCCCCGGUACAUCGCCGUGGAGUACGUGGACGACACGCAGUUCCUGCGGUUCGACAGCGAUGCCGCGAUUCCGAGGAUGGAGCCGCGGGCGCAGUGGGUGGAGCAAGAGGGGCCGCAGUACUGGGAGCGGACCACAGGGUACGCCAAGGCCAACGCACAGACUGACCGAGUGGCCCUGAGGAACCUGCUCCGCCGCUACAACCAGAGCGAGGCGGGGUCUCACACCCUCCAGGGAAUGAAUGGCUGCGACAUGGGGCCCGACGGACGCCUCCUCCGCGGGUAUCACCAGCACGCGUACGACGGCAGGGAUUACAUCUCCCUGAACGAGGACCUGCGCUCCUGGACCGCGGCGGACACCGUGGCUCAGAUCACCCAGCGCUUCUAUGAGGCAGAGGAAUAUGCAGAGGAGUUCAGGACCUACCUGGAGGGCGAGUGCCUGGAGUUGCUCCGCAGAUACCUGGAGAACGGGAAGGAGACGCUACAGCGCGCAGAUCCUCCAAAAGCACACGUUGCCCACCACCCCAUCUCCGACCAUGAGGCCACCCUGAGGUGCUGGGCCCUGGGCUUCUACCCUGCGGAGAUCACAUUGACCUGGCAGCGGGAUGGGGAGGAACAGACCCAGGACACAGAGCUUGUGGAGACCAGGCCUGCAGGGGAUGGAACCUUCCAGAAGUGGGCCGCUGUGGUGGUGCCUUCUGGAGAGGAACAGAGAUACACAUGCCAUGUGCAGCACGAGGGGCUGCCCGAGCCCCUCACCCUGAGAUGGGUCUCCCCAGCCCACCAUCCCCAUCGCGGGCAUCGUUGCUGGCCUUGUUGUCCUUGGAGCUGUAGUCACUGGAGCUGUGGUCGCUGCUGUAAUGUGGAGGAAGAAGAGCUCAGAUAGAAACAGAGGGAGCUACUCUCAGGCUGCAAGCAAGAUGAAGGAGGCUGAUCCCUGAGAUUGUUGGGCUAUUGUGUUCAGGAGCCUAUGAUGGAGCUCACCCACCCCACAGUGCCUCUAGCCACAUCUGUGGGCUCUGACCAGGUCCUGUUUUGGUUCUACUCCAAUCAUUGGCAGUGCCCAGGGCUCUGGUGUGUCUCUCACAGCUAAUAAAGGUGACACUCCAGGGCAGGGGCCCUGAUGUGAGUGGGGUGUUGGGGGGAACAGAGGGGACUCAGCUGUGCUAUGGGGUUUCUUUGACUUGGAUGUCUUGAGCAUGAAAUGGGCUAUUUAGAGUGUUACCUCUCACUGUGACUGAUAGGAAUUUGUUCAUGAAUAUUUUCUCUGUAAUGUGAGACAGCUUCCUUGUGUGGGACUGAGAAGCAAGAUUUGCUCAUGCCUCCCUUUCGUAACUUCAAGAAGCCUGAAUUCUCUCUGAAAAGGUGCCCAAAUGUGUCUUCCUCCCUGUUAGCAUAAUGUGAGGAGGUGGGAGACCAGCCUACCCCCAUGUACACCAUGACCCCCUUCCCUGCACUACCCCGCGUUUCUACCCAAUUACCUUUCCUGUUCCAGAGACAUGGGGCUCAGAUGUCUUUAUCUCUGUCUCAACUUCGUGGUGUACUGAGCUGCAACUUCCUGCUUCCCUAUUAAAAUUAGAAUCUGAGUAUAAAUUUACUUCUUCAAAUUCUUGCCAUGAGAAGUUAAUUAGUUAAUUAGAGGAGGAGAUUACUAAAAUUUGAGAGACAAAAUAAAUGGAAGACCUGAGAACCUUCCAGAGUCUGUUUCUUGUGCUGACCUGUUGCAGGGGAGGAGAGUAGAUGGGGCUGUGCCCAGUGGGUGCUCAGGCCACUGUGGGCUUUAUGUGGUCACUGCUCAGCCGGGUCAUCUUUGCUGCUCCAGUGGCCUUGGUCCUUCAGCAGAACCUUGUCCCAGCAGGACCUGUGAUCACAGGGACUCAAAUGUCAUUUAGGGCAGUCCCUGCACACAGAAGUCCUUGUGGUAUCAAGAGACUGAUUUUUCAGACCUGUCCAGCACUUGCCCUCCUUCCAGGGCUCUUUCCUAGAUUGUAUUUUCCCUCUUUUCACCAGCCUUCUUAUAGGAACCAGACUGUGACAUUUGCAGAGAGGAGGGGUCCCAUAGUUUCUCAUCAUACUUAACUUUCUAUUGGAACUUCUCUUCUGCCCUCCUACUCUUCCUUCUGCCCUGAGUUGUAGUAAUCAUAGUGCUAGCUCCAAUCCAAACUCAUGGAUUUGUAAAGCAGAGUCUAAUUUAGAUUCAUAUGUAGUUGGAAAAUUGGACUUAUAAGCCUAAGAUUAUCUUUCC